CCACACCAAUUACAAUCUCAAAAUCUCUUCUUUCUCUUCUUCCAAAUCUUUCUCUCCUUAACGGGAGGGAAAGAAAACUUAAUCGGUUGUUUUUCAUACAUAUAGAUAAUGGGUGCCUGCGCUACCAAGCCUAAAGUCAAGGCCGAUGAUUUGGCUGCAAUCCCUGCACCCGAACCUAUUGAUCAUGACAUUGUGAAGAACAACGAGGAAGUCAAAUUCGUGGAAGAGGAAAAGAAGAGUGAUCAGACCGAUGAAAAAAAGAAGGAAAACAACGAGAAAGUUGUCGUCAAGGAGAAGAAGCCCCCGUCUCUCGCCUCCUUGCUCGUUGAGAAGGAAGCCGCUCCGGCGGUAGAAGUUUCCGGCAUACCGAAGGCCGAGGAAAAGCCGAAGGCGAAAGAAGUGGCAGCGCCAACUAUUGAAGCAGAACUGAAGAAAAGCGAAGAGAAACCAAAAGAAAAGGAUGAGAAAAGCGUAUGAUGAUUUGAAAGAAGAAAAUAAGGCGAAGCGCUCUUUAUUUGAAAUAUAAUUUUCUCUUCUGAAAAGCUAUUCAUUAUUCAGUAUGUUGUGCAAAGAUUGGUAAUCAUUUCUAAGGUGUGGAGGGGUCUAUGUUUCCUUUAUCUAUUAAUAUUCACUUUAAUGAAAUAUUUAAAACUUCUUUUAGUGUUUCA